AUGCCGCCGACGAAAAGGAGAAAGCGCACAUACAGUGCAAUGGAGGAGUCGCAGCAAGCAUCGGGAGUCAAUCCACCCGGUCAUAACCAGAACGGGCAUCACCACCAGAAUGCCCAGCAGCAGCAGCAUCCUUCACUGCCACAUCAGCUUCCUCCGCAACAAUCUCUUCUACAACCUCCUCAGCAGCAGCCACCACCUAACCUCAACCAACCGCAGCUUGGAUCCACGAACGAUGCCCUCAUUCUGCAAAAUUUGCAGUACCUGCAGCAUCAACAGGCCGUCACCAAUCAAAGAAUACAUGUCGACUACGCUGGCCCACUGCAGGGCGAGUAUCUGGUGACCGUGGAUGCAUACAGCAAGUGGCCGGAGAUUUUCCCAACCAAGUCCAUCACUUCGAAGGCUACAAUCAACCUCCUUCGAAGCCUAUUUGCCAACAAGGGAAUGCCUGAAGUCCUAGUGUCAGAUAAUGGCACGCAGUUCACUAGCGCCGAGUUCAAGGAGUUCUGCAACGAAAACGGAGUGGAGCACGUAACAACAGCACCAUUCUGUAGUAUCGGCGAUGGUAUAAAACACAACCAGUUUGUCGUACAGUGA